AAUGUUAAUUUCGUUCCCAAGACUUCCCACAAACAAGCUUACUAUGAAAGGCGCCAUUGUGGCUCCUGUACGGCAGCACUGCUUGGUGCUGCCCAAGUUUUGAGCCAACAUGGCGGAUUGAGGGCUUUGGUUGCAGACACGCCCACUGUGAGUCAGAGGGUUUAGGAGCGCCACUGUAAUGACAGCUCAAAGCUGUCCACGUCAACACUGUGCUACCACCAUGGACUCCACUGCUCUGGAACCCUCGCUGUACACCGUGAAGGCUGUCUUCAUCUUAGACAAUGAUGGAAACAGACUGCUUUCAAAGUACUAUGAUCCAGAGCUCUACCCUUCCAUGAAAGAGCAGAAGAAUUUUGAAAUGAACGUCUUCAACAAAACACAUAAAGCUGACAAUGAGAUUGCCUUCUUAGAAGGCAUGACGAUAGUCUACAAGAGCAGCAUAGACUUGUUCUUCUAUGUAGUCGCCAGCGCUCAGGAGAAUGAGCUCAUGUUAAUGGCAGUGCUGAACUGCUUGUUUGACUCUCUCAAUCAGAUGUUGAGGAAGAAUGUGGAGAAAAGGACUCUGCUGGAUAAUAUGGAUGGAGUGUUCCUAGUGGUAGAUGAAAUCAUCGAUGGAGGGGUGAUAUUGGAGAGUGACCCCCAGCAGGUCCUUGAAAAGGUCAACUACAGGGCAGAUGACAACCCAUUAUCAGAACAGAGUGUGGCACAGCACAUCACUGAGAAACUGGCUCUCACCUCUAAUGUGUUGCAGUCAGCAAAGGAGCAGAUCAAGUGGUCAAUUCUAAAAUAAAAUAUCUUGAAGGAAUCUGUAAAUUAUUGAAAGGGAAUUUCAAUUUUAUUUUAUAUUUUAAUUUUUAAUUAUUUGUAUUUUAAUUAAUUAUUGAAGUGCAAUCUGUUGUAUCUCAUGUUUAGUGCUGAAAUAUUUAUAUUUUUGUCAAAAGUGGGUCAUUUCCAUUUUUUAAAUGAUAUAAAAUGUAUUGUCGAUACACAAAUAGCCUACUUGCAGCUUUAAAGCAAUUACAAAUUGUGUUUUUGUUUUUUGCUGUUCUGUUUAGAGGAGGUAGAGGAGCAUGGUCUGUGAUAUAAAUAAUCACAGAUCAAAAGCCUACUUGAUUGUCUAAACUUGUUUUAAUCUUGUCAAUUUUGUCAUUGUUGUUUUUAAGUCAUGGCUGCUUUACAACCUUUUGUCAAAAAUAUAAUUCACAAAGUUUUGUUACAUUUGGCUUAUAACUAAAUAUUUUGGUAUUAUACAUGUAAAUUGGUUAAAUGAGUGAGGCUAUUAUUAAAUGUAGUACAACGAAUAUAAUAUAAAAUAACAGUGAGUUACAUUUACAUAUGAAAAGCAAAAUAUAUUUUAUUUACUAGGAUUUAUUUUAUAGUAACUGUAGACUUUUUUUCCUGAAUGUUUUAAUGGGAAAUAAUUACGGAAGAACGAACAUGUGACUAAAAACGAAUAAAUAUGUUUUUUUUAUAUAAUAUUA